GUAAAAGUUUAUAUCUUAUCUUAAGAGAUCACAAAGUUAAUUGGCAUAUAGAGAUUACGAUCUUUAUGUUUUCACAGCCACAAGUCAGCGCAUUCAUAGUCUAUCAAUGGUUCAGCUUCAAUCUGUAGCUUUGCUGUUGGCAGCUUUGUGUUGGCGAGCCAGUGGCGACUGUGGCUGUAAUAAGCUUGACAGAGAAGCCUCUGCCAAAAGCACGGAAGAACCAAUGCAACAGGUAUGCCAGCAAAGGCCGAAACAAAAUAACAAACAAUAUCGAGAUUAUUAUGGAGAGUUGGAGCUGGAGCCUGAAAUAGAAGGGAUGUCACUCAUACCUGGCGGCAGUCAGCAUAUAGGCACCGAUGAGCCGCUUUUCAAGGCAGAUCGCGAAGCCCCUGAGCGUCUUGUCAAGCUGCAAGACUUCUACUUGGACAAGCUGGAGGUAUCCAAUGCACAGUUUGCAAAGUUUGUUGAAGCGACAAACUACACAACAGAGGCGGAAAAGUUUGGCGAUAGUUUUCUUUUCAAGACUCUGCUAACUGAUGCAGAACAAAAGGAUCUGGAGGAUUACCGUGUGGCAAGUGCCCUUUGGUGGUUCAAAGUAAAAGGGGUGAGCUGGCGCAAGCCGCAUGGCAUUAAUAGUAAUCUGAAGGGAUUGGAACAACAUCCUGUAGUGCACGUGUCGUGGCGAGAUGCUGUUGCCUACUGCACCUGGCAGGGGAAACGCUUGCCCAGCGAAGCCGAGUGGGAAGUCGCCUGUCGUGGUGGCAAGCAGCGCAAGCUUUUUCCUUGGGGUAACAAACUGAUGCCUAAGGACAAGCACUGGCUGAAUAUUUGGCAGGGCGAGUUUCCAGAUGGUAACACGGCUGACGAUGGCUACCAAUUCACCUGCCCAGUGACAAAAUUUCGUCAAAACAAUUACGAUCUCUAUAACAUGGUUGGAAAUGUUUGGGAAUGGACCGCAGACUUGUGGCAAGCUGACGACACUAGCGAAACACCGAAUCGAGUAAAAAAGGGCGGCUCCUAUAUGUGCCAUAAAUCUUAUUGCUAUCGAUAUCGCUGUGCAGCGCGCUCCCAAAACACCGAGGACAGUUCAGCCGGUAAUUUGGGAUUUCGAUGUGCAAAGAAUGGUUAAUCCGCAAAUCAUUUAUGAAUAAGUUU